AUGGCUGCGCUGGUCAUGGGCUGGAUGGUUUUGUUGCGGAAGUGGGGGAUUAGGUCGGGGGUGAGGAUGGAGAGGAUGGCUUGUUCGUUGAAGAGCAUUAGGAAGAUGAGGUCGGAUUGGUGGAUUAGUUGGAGGGGGGUUGCGGCUGGUUUGGCAGUGCUGCCGGGUUGGAGGAGGGGGGGGUAUUUUGAGGGGGAGCGGUUCCAGACUGUGAGGGGGAAGUGGUGGGAUAGGUUGAGGGCCAUGGGGGUGCCCAUUGUGCCUAGACCUAGGAAGCCGAGGCGCAUUGUGGGAGGGUAUUGGAGGUUGGGUUGGGAGGUUUAA